UCGAAAAUUCAAUGGAUCUGUUUGUUUCGAAUUUCGCGCAUAGCUAUUCGUUGACUUUUGGCGCCAGCCGUUCCUAAUUUAGCAGUGAUAGAUUAGAGGGAAAGCAGAUAAUCAACACCACCCACCGCAAACUCUUGGGACGAUCUUUUAACAAGGAAUAGUGAGAAUGACCGUAAAAUCAUAACGCCCCAACCCAGAAAGACCGAGCAUGUUGACGAAGAUUCAAACCCGUAAACUGAGAGUCGAGCGUCUAACCACCAGGCCCUGCCAGGCUGGAAAAUUAAUGAUAAGUGAUUUUGAUAAUUUUCAUAGUCUUCCGUUCCCUUAUAAAUAAACGGAUAUCUUCUAUUUCUUUCAUUACCUUAAUACUUUGCUUAGUUAACUGGCAUGUGCGGAAGCGUUCCAUCUUGUUAAUUAUUUUUUAUUAUAUUUGUUUCAUAUUCUUUUGGAAAGUAGAAUUCGAUAGAUGUCUCUAAAAGUAAAACAACCGGAGGGAUGAAGAGAAAUGUCUGUUUCUUAGUUUAAAUUUAAAAUUGUAAACCGAAAAUCCGACCAAAAAUGUACAUGUGAACACGGGAGGUAUUAAUUUUUUUUAAAGUAAUAAUAUUCAGCUCUUAAUACGUGGGAAGAAAACCCACUGUAUAUGUUCGAUCUAACUGCAAGGUUUGAUAAGAAUAUAAAGGUGAAGCUACUAUAUAAUCAUGGAAGUAUUAAAGAUGAAGGUUGAAUCUUUUCCUGAUGAGGAGCAGGAUUCUUUGUUGGACAUCAAAUUGAUAAAAAAGGAAGAUGAAACUUUCACAAUAACUAGUACUACAGGAGAAGCUAAUUCCUUGGAAGAAAGUUCCAAACAAAUCAUUUUGAAGUUUGGUAUAGCAAAAGAAGACCAACAGGAAAAGUGUGAUGAUGCAUUUGAGAAAAGUGAGAAGCCUGAUGAUCUGCUACAAGAUGAUGUUAUUUCAAAAUUCAGUUAUAGUGAUGAUGAGGAUCAAAAUAGCUCACACUAUAAUAUUAUAAAUGUGAAAACAGAAAUUGAAUUUCAAAGAGAUAUCGAAUCUGGGUUAGAAAGAACAUCUGAUAUAAAGGCCAGUGUGAACAUCUGUUGUGGGAAUCAGAUUCCUGGUUAUGAUGUCAUAAAAGAAGAUCUCUUUACAGAAGACAUAAUAUCUCCAAGCAAAAAUACUUGUGGAGAAACCGAGUUAAGUGGAAAUAACCUAAAAUCAUCUAAUAUACACCAGUGUCAUAAUAAACUAUACAGUUGUCAGAAAAAAAAUUAUAACCUAAAAAAACAAAAGAGGAUACACUCUGGAGAGAAAACAUUUCACUGUACAGUGUGUGGGAAACAGUUUGAUAGAAAUAGUCACUUGAAACGACAUGAAAGAACACACACUGGGGAGAAACCUUACAGUUGUAUAGUGUGUGCUAGGCAAUUUGUAUCAAAAUGUAACUUAAAACAACAUCAAAGAAUACACACUGGGGAGAAACCUUACAGUUGUACGGUGUGUGCUAAACAAUUUAUAUCACACUGUAACUUAAAACAACAUCAAAGGAUACACACCGGGGAGAAACCUUACAGUUGUACAGUGUGUGCUAAACAAUUUAUAUCACACUGUAACUUAAAACAACAUCAAAGAAUACACACUGGGGAGAAGCCUUACAGUUGUACAGUUUGUGCUAAACAGUUUAGAACAAAAAGUGAAUUAGAAGUACAUCAAAGAAUACACACUGGGGAGAAACCUUAUAGUUGUACAGUUUGUGCUAAACAUUUUCGAACAAAGAGUGAAUUAGAAGUACAUCAAAGAAUACACACUGGGGAGAAACCUUACAGUUGUACAGUGUGUGGAAAACAGUUUAGUACAAAUAGUUUCUUAAAAAGGCAUCAAAGAAUUCACACUGGGGAAAAACCUUACAGUUGUACAGUUUGUGCUAAACAUUUUAGAACAAAAAGUGAAUUAGAAGUACAUCAAAGAAUACACACUGGGGAGAAACCUUAUAGUUGUACUGUUUGUGGAAAACAGUUUGUAACAAACAGUGAAUUAGAAGUACAUCAAAGAAUACACACCGGGGAAAAACCUUACAGUUGUGCAGUGUGUGGAAAGCACUUUGGUAGAAGCAGCAAUUUUAAAACACAUCAAAGAAUACACACUGGCGAGAAACCUUACAGUUGUACAGUUUGUGCUAAACAAUUUAUAUCAAACUGUAACUUAAAACACCAUCAAAGAGUACACACUGGGGAGAAACCAUACAGUUGUAUGGUGUGUGGAAAACACUUUAGUACAAAUAGUGUCUUAAAAAGACAUCAAAUAAUACACACUGGGGAGAAACCUUACAGUUGUACAGUGUGUGGAAAACAGUUUAAAAGAAAGAGUGAAUUAAAAGUACAUCAAAGAAUACACACUGGGGAGAAACCUUACGGUUGUACAUUGUGUGGUAAACAGUUUAGUACAAACAGUAAUUUAAAAACACAUAAAAAAAUACACACUGGGGAGAAACCAUAUAGUUGUAUAGUGUGUAGAAAACAGAUUGGAAAAAAGAGUGUGUUAGAAAUAUAUGAAAAAAAACAUACUGGGGAGAUACCUUACAGCUGUGGAGUUUGUGUAAAACACUUUGGUAUAAAUAGUAUCUUAAAAUAACAUCAAAGAUGACACACUGGGGAGAAACCAUAUAGAUGUAUAGAUUGUGGAAAAGAGUUUGGAACAAAGUGUGACUUAAAACACUAAAGAUUACACACACUGGGAGAAACCAUAUAGUCGUAUAGUGUGUAGAAAACAGAUUGUAAAAAAAAGAGUGAGUUAGAAAUUUAUCAAAGAACACACACUGGUGAGAUACCUCACAGCUGUGGAGUUUGUGUGAAACACUUUGGAACAAGUAGUAUCUUGAAAAGAUAUCAAGAAAGACACACCAUGGAGAAACCAUAUAGUUGUGCUGUUUGGAAAGAAACAAUUUUUAACUAUGAUUAUCGGGUCCCUAAAAUGUAGGGAUGUAAUGUAGCUCUUGUCAUAUUUAACUUCAAAAAUAAAAUUAGUGGAUGAAAUUGUUUGAAAUUUGACAAGAACUUUCCUAAACGUGUGUAAUUUCAGAAAAAUAAAACAUUUAAUUUUGAUUUUUUUCCAUUA